UCCGAACACGUGCGUAUGCGCAGACCGCACUCCGUAGGGCGCAGUUGCGUUCAACCCGUCGAGAAUAACAGACGCGUUUAUAAAUAGAACGCGGAUGGCAAUUGAUUUUUGAAAUCCGAUAAGAAUUCCGUGUUCCUUUUUUGAAUUUUCAAAUGGCAGGCAAGUCUAACGGUGUUGAUUCGUCGGGCUGGGCUCGGGCGCCGCCUGAAUCUGGGCCUUUGUGGGAAAGGGUUUGUAAAGCGAUCUACAAUCCUGAAGAAAAAAGCUUCUUGGGAAGAACGCCGAAGCGAUGGGGUAUAGUUCUGGCGUUCUACCUGAUCUUCUACGCGGUACUGGCAGCGCUGUUCGCUACUUGCAUGGGUAUCAUGUUCCUAACCCUGGAUGACAAGAAACCGAAGUUUAUUCUGGAUAGUUCUCUUAUUGGAGCCAAUCCAGGCGUAGCAUUCAGACCAACAGCUGGCUUUGGACUUCGCUACAAGAACACAAACUCUUCCAGUUAUGACGUGUAUGUCGAUGAUUUGAGGGAUUUCUUUUAUAAUUAUGAAGCCGAAGACUGGUAUUCAGCUAAGAAAGACUGCAAAGCGGCUGAUAAUUUUGGGUAUCCGGACACUCCUUGCUUUUUCAUAAAACUAAAUAAGAUUUACGGCUGGAAGCCAGAGUACUAUGAUGUUAGUAGUCUGCCCCAGGAUAUGCCCAGUGAUUUACAGGAAUACAUAGGGACCCUACAAGACCUUGAGCACCAGCAAAUCUGGGUUUCCUGCUGGGACGAAUCAUUGAACGCUACCAGCAUAGAGUAUCCCUGGGGCAGGGGGUUGCCCGGCCGCUUCUACCCCUACCUCAAUGUGGGGGGGUACCUGAGCCCCGUAGUGGCGAUUAAAGUCACAACUUUGCCCAACACACAAAUUGCAGUACGUUGCCGAGCCUGGGCUAAGAACAUACACUAUAACAAAAGCCUGAAAGAACCUUCUGGAUACACGCGUAUUCCGCUUUACAUUGAGGACACAACUGGUCUCAACUCCACAGACACAGAUGUCGCUGAAAGCAAAUAAUUGAAAUGAGGUUUUAUAUGUAUGAAACUAUAAAUCUCCUAGUAAUUAGAAGAGUUUCGAAAAAGAAGAGAUCGAAAUUGUUUGUUAUAAUGCAAUAAUGUUAUGAUGUAACUGUAUUGAAAUUUUAGAAAUUUAGGAAAACAUUUUUCGACGUUAUGGGGUUAUGUAAUAAUUUUUUCAACUUUAAUUUUUGUCUUAAGUUUUGAAUCGUUAGUAAUUUAACAAUCAAAAUGAGCAUUGAGAAAAAUAACUUUUUAAUAAAGGAAUCUCGUAUUUGUAGUAAUUUAAAAUGUAUGUAUUUUUGCAGUUUCUGAUCUUCUUUUUAAUUUAACGCAGGUUGUGCAUUGUCACCGUAUUUUAAUUAUAAGUAGACAAUUUAUAACUUUAAUCUUUUUCACCCCACCAGUAGAAAACAAAUAAAGCGUAUUUUUCCAUAAUUUAUGCCAUAAACCUAGUGUAAUAACAAUACCUACGUACUUUUUAGGUUCUUUUUUGUUUGUGACAUUUAAAAUUUAUAAAUUCUUAUGAAAAGUAUUUCAGUUUCUUUUUAAGAUAAAAAUCAUACUAUAAGGAAUAAUAAUUACCAUGAUUUCAUUCCCGAUGUGUAUUAUAUAUUAAAUGCUAGAUUUUGGUAGUGAUAAUGACGCCAGUAUCUUUAACCGACGUUCCCAGAAACAAAUGAGGUUUUCAAUCCGAACUCCAUGGAUAUCAUUUUCAUUUGGUCCCAUUUUAGAAUCUCCCGCAGGGACGUCGGUUACUUUUAUAAGAGUAAAGAAUUAUUAACUUAUAAGAAGUCCAUUGGAAUUUUAUGACGAUUAAUUAUUUUACAUUAUUUUCAAAAAUAAUCAUAUAAAAUUUAUUAAGUCAUUUCAAUAAAAUCAUUUUAGUUUAGUUAAACGGACUUACAUCUGUACAUACUUGUUUAAUUAUGAAAUAUAUACAUAUGUAUACCUGGAUUAAGUACAAAAUUAUGUAAAAGUUUCGUCA